AUGAACCAGCCGCAGAGGAUGGCACCCGUGGGCACAGACAAAGAGCUCAGUGACCUCCUGGACUUCAGCAUGAUGUUUCCCCUGCCAGUGGCCAAUGGAAAAGGCCGGCCCACCUCCCUGGCUGGUGCCCAGUUUGGAGGCUCAGGUCUGGAGGACCGGCCCAGCUCGGGUUCUUGGGGCACUGGCGACCAGAACAGCUCCUCCUUCGACCCCAGCCGGACCUACAGCGAAAGUGCCCACUUCAGUGAGUCCCAUAGCAGCCUCUCUUCAUCUACAUUCCUGGGAGCGGGGCUUGGAGGCAAGGGUGGCGAGCGGAGCGCAUAUACUGCCUUCGGGAGAGAUGCAGGUGUUGGGAGCUUGACUCAGGCUGGUUUCCUGCCCAGUGAGCUGGCCCUCAGCAGCCCCGGGCCACUGUCCCCCUCAGGCGUCAAGAGUGGAUCCCAAUAUUACUCUUCCUACCCCAGCCAUGCGCGGCGGAGAGCUGCGGACAGCAGCCUUGAUACGCAGCCCAAGAAAGUCCGGAAGGUGCCGCCUGGUCUUCCAUCCUCGGUAUACCCACCCAGCUCAGGUGAUGACUACGGCAGGGAUACCACCCCCUACCCAUCUGCCAAGACCCCCAGCAGCACCUACCCAGCACCCUUCUACAUGGCAGAUGGCAGCCUGCACCCCUCGGCUGAGCUCUGGAGCCCCCCAGGGCAGGCGGGUUUCGGGCCCAUGUUGGGUGGGAGCUCAUCUCCCCUGCCCCUCCCACCAGGUGGCGGCAGCUCCGUGGGCGGUGGUAGUGGCGGAGGGUUUGGCGGCCUGCAUCAGCACGAGCGCAUGGGCUACCAACUGCACAGUGCGGAGGUGAAUGGUGGGCUCCCAGCUGUGUCCACUUUCUCAGCCCCCACAGCCACCUAUGGCAGCGUUGCCAGCCACACGCCCCCUGUCAGUGGGGCUGAAAGUCUCAUGGGCUCCCGAGGGACCACAGCUGGCAGUUCUGGGGACGCCCUUGGGAAGGCGCUGGCCUCGAUCUACUCUCCGGAUCAUUCAAGCAAUAACUUUUCAUCUAGCCCUUCGACCCCCGUGGGUUCCCCACAGGGCCUGGCAGGGACGUCACAGUGGCCCCGAGCAGGAGCCCCCGGUGCCUUAUCUCCCAACUAUGAUGGGAGUCUUCAUAGCCUGCAGAACAAGAUGGAAGACCACCUGGAUGAGGCCAUCCACGUGCUCCGUAGCCAUGCCGUGGGUACCUCGGGUGAUGUGCACGGGUUACUGCCCAGCCAUGGAACACUGGCCUCAGGCUUUGCCGGCCCUAUCAUGCCACUGGGUGGGCGGCACACCAGCUUGGUUGGAGGCAGCCAUUCUGAGGAUGGCCUCUCAGGCAGUGGCAGCCUCAUGCACAACCAUGUGGCCCUCCCCAACCAGCCCAGCGCCCUCCCCGACCUCUCUCGGCAACCUGACUCCUACAGUGGACUUGGUCACAGGGGCACCGCCUCAGGUACCAGUGAGAUCAAGCGGGAGGAGAAGGAGGAUGAGGAGAACGUGUCGGUGGCCGACAACUCAGAAGAGGAGAAGAAGGAGCUGAAGGCCCCCAGGAUCCGGACCAGCAGUACGGAGGAGGUGCUGUCCCUGGAAGAGAAAGACCUGAGGGACCGGGAGAGGCGUAUGGCCAAUAACGCGCGGGAGCGGGUGCGUGUACGGGACAUUAACGAGGCCUUCCGGGAGCUGGGGCGCAUGUGCCAGAUGCACCUCAAGUCGGACAAGGCGCAGACCAAACUGCUCAUCCUGCAGCAGGCCGUGCAGGUCAUCCUGGGCCUGGAGCAGCAGGUGCGAGAACGUAACCUCAACCCCAAAGCAGCGUGCUUGAAGCGACGGGAAGAGGAGAAGGUGUCAGGCGUGGUUGGAGACCCCCAGAUGGUGCUUUCAGCAGCCCACCCGGGCCUGAGCGAGGCCCACAACCCUGCUGGGCACAUGUGA